AGCAUCAAUAUAAAUACAAAAUGUCCUGUUGGUUUGUUCAAAUCCAUAUCAUUUAAAUUGUGAAGUAUUUUCUUGGUGCUGCUUUGUUUACAAUAUUUCCAGCAAAUGUAGGGAACUGUGGCUGGGGUAGCAGAGUGCUCUAGCCUUAAGCUAUUACCCCCUUUUCCCCAAAACACCAAAUUUGUAAGAAAAUUUCAAAUAUUUCUGCUCUGUCAGAAAUUUUAGUCAAUUUUUACAGUUAGCAUUUAGCUUCAGGUUUCUCUUCAAAAUUCUAAUUAAGUAUCAAGGCAAUAAAUUCUUCUGUGCUCACAGUUAUGUUUAAAGCAAGCUGGGUAUUAAAUUGAUUCCUAGACUAGAUUGUUAAGUAAUAGGAAAUCAUGCUUAGGUGUAAAUUGAUUUAAUGAUAGUUAACACAUCAUUUAAAUGCUUCCUCCCCACCUAAAGAGAUAUUUUUAUUGCCUUCAUUUUUGCAAUGAGUAAUGCAUUGAGUGGGUGUGUUAAUCUGAUGAUGAAAGAUUCAUGUUGAGCAAUAAUAAAAGAGGAGGCUCUAGCAUUUUGGUUAGUUUUCUCAUAGAAGCAAGAUGGAAAUGCAGCCUUGUAGUUUUGGGACUUUAUUAGAUGAUUUGUGCCACAAAAAAUCUUUCACAAGAAGAGUGCAUUUAACUCUUUUAUCUGACUUACCAAGAGAACAUCAAGAGGUACUUCUAUGGAGAAGCAGGUUGAACCAACUAGAUGAUGGUGGAAAUAUUUGCAAACACCACGAAAUGAUGUUUGGACAAGUAUUUGAAAGAAAGUCCAUAAACUGUUGUGAUCCAUUUAAGCGACACAAAAAGAAAAACAAAGGUAGCCUCAAAAUAUCCCUCCAGUUUGCAAAAGAUUUAAAAGAAAGGGGGUUCAAUGUUUUGCCUGGGUGGAAGCUUUGCAGGAACUGCUACCAGCAAAUACUUAAAUAUGAUGAUAAAAGCCAGUCUGAAACCUCACAUAUGAUUGAUGAAGAAGAAAAGGAAGAGGAUGUAGAAAUCAAUGAUGCUGAAAUUUCUAGAGAUAUUGUAAAUACCAGUCUGGAACUAUGUGGUGUUUCACAGAUAAAGUUUCAUGGCAUCGAGAAACGAAGGAGAGUAUCGUUUGCAAAGGAAAAGCUUAACAGAGUGUUCAGGGCACAAGAAACUGAAACAGCAAAUGCUAUUGGUGUUGAUGUUCAAGAUUUAGAGCAAACCUGUAGCACACAACAGUCAAAUACAUUACUUGAAGGUAAAGCUGAAAAUUUUGACAAGCUCAUGUACCUUUUGAAAGAAAAGUUAAAUGUUUCAUCCUACAGAGAGAAACUUAAAAUUCUUACUCUGGUGCCCGAAUCUUGGUCAAGAAAAGAUGCUGCAAGAUUCUUUGGUGUUUCAGAGUAUCUUAUCCGAACUGCCCGUUCAUUGAAAGAAACAAAGGGUAUAUUAGCUGAUCCUGAGCCUAAGAAUGGAAAAUCCAUUGAAGUCUAUGUAGAGGAAGCAGUAGGUCUAUUUUAUGAAGAUGAUGAAUAUACAAGGUUAUUACCAGGAAAGAAGGAUUUUGUCAGUGUAGGAAGAAACAAGCAUGUGCAAAAGCGAUUAUUGCUUUGUAACCUCAAGGAACUUUAUAUUGCCUUUAAACAAAGAAAUUCACAUAUGAAAAUAGGUUUUUCCAAGUUUUGUAGUCUGCGUCCAAAAUGGUGUGUACCUGUUGGAACUCCUGGUUCUCAUGCUGUUUGUGUCUGCACAUAUCAUCAAAAUGCAAUCUUGUUAGCUAGUGCUUUAGGCGUUAGUCAUACAUACAAGGAUUUGAUGAAGAUGAUUGUAUGUGAUAUUGAAAACAGUGAAUGCAUGAUACAUCGCUGCCCAGAGUGCCCUGGAACAAAGCCACUUCAGGAAUUCAUAACUGCAGAAUUGGCGAGACAAGAAAUUGAUGAAAUAGAGUACAGUCAGUGGCAAAGCACUGAUCGACCAACUCUGAUAACAGUAAAAGCUAGCACUGACAGUUUUCUAGACACUCUUGUUGACAAAAUAAAUUAUUUGACAAUCCAUUCAUUUGUUGCCAAAUGCCAGAGUAGGUUUUACAAGAGUUGCAAAGAAAAUCUUUCACCAACAAGCUGUAUCGUUGUUCUUGAUUUUGCAGAAAAUUACAAAUUUGUUGUUCAAGAUGAGGUGAAGAGCUUUCAUUGGAACAAUCAACAGUGUACCUUGCACCCUGUUAUCAUCUAUCAUAAAGAUAGUUUUGACCAGCUUAAGGAGAUGUCUCUUUGGGUUUUGUCAGAUGACAUAAAUCACGAUACCCCAUUCGUCCACAAAGUUCAGCAGAUAACUACAGAGUACGUCAAGUUAAAGCUUCCACAUAUCAAAGAAAUGCAUUACUUUUCAGAUGGAUGUGGUGGACAAUACAAAAACUUUAAGAAUUUUGUCAAUCUCUGUAAACAUGAAGAUGAUUUUGGUCUGUCUGCAAUAUGGUCUUUUUUUGCAACUUCACACGGGAAAUCCUCAUGUGAUGGGCUUGGAGGUGCAAUCAAAAGAUUAACAGCUAGGGCUAGCCUACAACGGCCUUUAAGCGGCCAGAUACUUAAUGUUACAUCGAUGGUAGAAUUCUGUAAAGAAGCUAUGCCAAAGAUUGAAUUUGCCAUUACAACAAAGGAGGAAAUGGUGGCUGUAAGAAAUUUGCAAAGACAGCGUUAUAUGCUAGGCCAAACUGUACCAGGUACUAGAAGUUACCACCAUUUUAAACCUUUGCAAGAUGGCUUUGGUGUGCACUUUAAACGCCUAAAAAAUACAAUUGUAGCACGUGAAUAUGAUCCAACAGAUGAAGAAGCUAUUUGGGUUAUCCCAGCGGGAGGAUGA